AUGCAAGUUGUUGUAAAUUUGCGCCGUCUCUCGCAGUAUACCUCAAAUUACGGUCGUGCUCGAGCCGUCCAAAUGGAAUGGAUCUCUCGUGAUUCUUGUUGGUUGCUGGCCCGAAUGCCACCAGGGUCUCCUUCCCAACACCCCCUGUCAUCCCAUCACGUGACAUAUGGCUACGCCCCGAUACUGCUGAAGAGAAGUCGAUUUGAGCUUCCAAAAAUCUAUGCCCAUUUUAUUGGCGAAUCGAAAAAUUCAGAGAAUUCUGUACUUGGUGAUAUCAAUUUCACCCAGAAAUUCAGUCUGAUGGGAGUGGGAAUCUAUGAAGAGACAGUCAUGACAUGUAGGGCUACCCGUCGAACUGCCAUGGCAGAACAAAGAAGGGGUCUUGCGUACUGGCGCUGGACAUCUAGCUCGGUUGCUUGUCAUCCAAGUACAACAGUGGGAGUUGCGCCACGGUGGUGUGGUGUGAGAUGCAAGCUCGGUGUCUCCCUACGUUGCAUCGUCCUGUCGAGUCCCUGUGACAUCUGCGCCGUCGCGUACAUUCCUGCAUGGCUGCAUGAAAGUCAUGUUUGCGACUCCAGGCUCUCCCCAGCGCGCUUGUUUGCUCUCUUUCCAAACACAGCAGGCUCUGCUGACUUUGAUCUAAAGAAUGCCAUCGUGCUGAUCGCGGGUGAUGCGUCAUGA